GCUGGGGGUGGUGGGAUAGGCUGGGCGCGGCGGGCGGCCGCGGUGCGGGAGGGUGCUGGGUGCGGGCUGCCAGCUGCUAUCCAGGUCUCUGCGGUCCCCGAGGGCUCUCCGUCCCGCCGGCGCCAUGGGCAAUUGCCACACCGUGGGGCCCAACGAGGCGCUGGUGGUUUCAGGGGGCUGUUGUGGUUCAGACUAUAAACAGUAUGUGUUUGGCGGCUGGGCCUGGGCCUGGUGGUGUAUCUCCGAUACUCAGAGGAUUUCCCUAGAGAUUAUGACGUUGCAGCCCCGCUGCGAGGACGUAGAGACGGCCGAGGGGGUAGCUUUAACUGUGACGGGUGUCGCCCAGGUGAAGAUUAUGACAGAGAAAGAGCUCCUGGCUGUGGCCUGCGAGCAGUUCCUGGGCAAGAAUGUGCAAGACAUCAAGAACGUUGUUCUGCAGACCCUAGAGGGGCACCUGCGCUCCAUCCUCGGGACCCUGACCGUGGAACAGAUUUAUCAGGACCGGGACCAGUUUGCCAAGCUGGUGCGGGAGGUGGCAGCCCCAGACGUCGGGCGCAUGGGCAUUGAGAUCCUCAGCUUCACCAUCAAGGAUGUGUAUGACAAAGUAGACUAUCUGAGCUCCCUGGGCAAGACACAGACUGCCGUAGUUCAGAGAGAUGCUGACAUCGGGGUGGCCGAGGCCGAGCGGGAUGCAGGCAUUCGGGAAGCCGAGUGCAAGAAGGAGAUGCUAGACGUGAAAUUCAUGGCAGACACCAAGAUCGCUGACUCCAAGCGAGCCUUUGAGCUGCAAAAGUCAGCCUUCAGUGAGGAAGUUAACAUCAAGACAGCAGAGGCCCAGCUGGCCUAUGAGCUACAAGGGGCCCGUGAGCAGCAGAAGAUCCGUCAGGAAGAGAUUGAAAUUGAGAUUGUGCAGCGUAAAAAGCAGAUUGCAGUGGAGGCACAGGAGAUCCUGCGUACAGACAAGGAGCUUAUUGCCACGGUGCGCCGCCCAGCUGAGGCCGAGGCCCACCGGAUACAGCAGAUAGCUGAGGGUGAAAAGGUGAAGCAGGUCCUCUUGGCUCAGGCAGAGGCUGAGAAGAUUCGCAAAAUCGGUGAGGCGGAGGCAUCAGUCAUCGAGGCGAUGGGCAAGGCAGAGGCUGAGCGGAUGAAGCUCAAGGCUGAGGCCUACCAGAAAUACGGGGACUCCGCCAAGAUGGCCUUGGUGCUGGAGGCCCUGCCCCAGAUUGCUGCUAAAAUUGCCGCCCCACUGACCAAAGUUGAUGAAAUUGUGAUCCUCAGCGGUGACAACAACAAGGUGACAUCAGAAGUGAACCGACUGCUGGCUGAGCUGCCUGCCUCUGUGCACGCCCUUACAGGCGUGGACCUAUCUAAGAUACCCCUGAUCAAGAAGGCCACCGGUGCACAGGUGUGAGGCUCCUGAAGGCCCACACCUUUCAGCAGCCGCCCGCCCCUCCCUUCAGCACCUGUUUUAAUACCACAAGGACAACGGGAACGUUACUGACUCUGGUGCCUUAUUUUAUAGGAACCAGAAGUGCUGUGUGUUCAGGCCUUCUUUUCUCUGGCUGUUUUCCCUUCUGUCUCUGUCUCCUUUUCUUCUUCUCUACCCCACACCCUCACUUUCACUGCCACAUCCAUCUGGUGUGUCUCUUCCACCCUCAUAUUCAUGUACGUAUGUCUCUCUUUUAUCUCUUUUUCUCUCUUUCCUCCUACCCACCCUCUACACUCAUCAUGUAAUUUAAGCUGAAGAUGUUUAUUAUAAUCACUGUCUGUCUGUGGGGGGUGGUCCUACUGCCCCUCAGAAUCUUGGUGCCUUGAAGUUCUCUGUGUAUCUGUCCUCCUCCCUGUGGCCCUGGCAAGAGCUCAGCAUGAGUGCAAGGGGUCUGGGUAGGACAGUCCUCUCUCCUCUCCUGGCCUGGACUUCUCAACCCCAAACCAUACCCUGGGAAGCCCUCAGCCUCACCCACUCUAGCCCCUCUAGGCCUAGGUAGCUGUGGCCUACAGGCCCAGAACCAUUGCCUUCACUUCACCCCUCCCCAGCCCCAGGCCUACUGUCAUACCUUACCCCUCCCCUACCCCCAACCCCAGGGGCACAGAAGCAAGGCCUCCUGUUUAUAGCAGCUCCUUCCGUUUACUACUGCCUUAGGAGGCCCUCGCUUGUGCUCAGGGAAGUCCCCUUCAUGGACAUGUCCCUGCUAGGUGGAGUGAGGCUUGGUCCUAGUUCUGCUAAGCCUUUCUGGGAUCAAAGUCCAGCCCUGUUGGGGACUAGAAAGUCCGUAGACCUUCUUCCUGCUAGGGCCACACUGUCCUGGGUAUUGGGCUGGGCCCUUCCAGCGGGCAAGGCUGUGCCAGCCCCAUACAGAAUUGAGUGCUGUAGACUUUCUUCCUGGCGGGAGUGACAGAAUUCCAGCCAUGGGGAAGCAGCCCAGUCCUCUGUCUCCUUGCUCUACUGGAGGCAGAAGAGCACAGGCAACCUGGCAGGGGUGCUUUGGGUAUCCUAUGGUCCCAGUCCCACACCCCUGGCCCUGGCCCUGGCCCAGCCUGUGUGGCUGUUCCUGCAUGUGGAUGCUGCAUGUUUGGUCUGGGGCUUGGAUGCUGCACUGCCCCACUGCCUGUCCCUUCUGGUAAAAUAAAGAUCUGUUAUGCCUA